AUGGCGCCCUCGAAACCCAGCAGCAAGGGCAAGGCCGGUCCCAAGGGGAAAAGUGCCGGCGCAUCGAAAUCUAAGGCCGGUGGCAAGAAACCAGAGGGAAUUUCCAAACGCCGCCAAAAGUCACUGUCUCUUGCGAAGCCCGGUGGCGAGCAGAAGACUAAGUCGAGUAAAUCCAAGGAUGGCAAGAAGAAGAAGCGCGUCUAUACUGAGGCGGAGCUCGAUAUCCCCAAGCUGAACUCGAUUGUACCGGCGGGCAUUGCGAAGCCAAAGGGCCAGAAGAAGGGCAAGGUGUUUGUCGAUGAUCCAGCAAGCAUGUUGGCGAUCAUGAGCAUUGUGAAUGCGCAAAAGGAGGGGCACAUUGAGAGCAAGAUCAUGCGCGCGAGGCAACUGGAGGAGAUUCGGGAGGCCAAGAGGAAGGAGGCUGAGGGCAGAUUAGAGGACAAGAAGGCAGAUUUUGAGGAGAGGAAACAGAGUCUCAAGAAGAAGAAGAAGAAGUCUUCGCAUGACGACGCCGAGGCCGAUGAACCUAAGAAGUUGACCAAGAAGGAUGGGAAGUUCAAGCCCAAGAAGAGGGUGAGCUUCGGUUGA